CAAUCCGUGCCGGUCACGUGAUCACAUAACAACACUAAAAUACCCAGUAGGCUCUGCGGUGCAAUCCCAGGACACGGCUCGCCGUGGAACUCUGAAGUUCCUCUGCUGUUCAUUUUAUAAACAUAACGAAUGGCCGGUACACAGAACGUAUUUUUCCUUUAGUGGUACUCCCCAAUCCCGGCUCCUUUUCUCCCUGGAUGCUAGAGCAGACUUUAAAAAAAAAAAGAACAAAAACAAAACAAACAAACCGGAAAUUGAGCAUAGAGUAUGUGAUAUUGCGCAGAGCGCCGCUAUUUCCGGUUUUUCCACUUCCGGUUGGUGCUUAUCCUACAAACGACGGGGCUAGGAAGACACCCCUGGAGACGGGAGCUUCCAGUUUUCUGGAAUGGCUUCCUUUGUAUGGAAGAGAAAGAUUGGUGAGAAGGUAUCUAAGGUAACAUCCCAGCAAUUCGAAGCUCAAGCUGCUGAUGAGCAGGUCCUGGUUGAUAAUAGUGAAGUUGAUUGGCUUCAUGAGGCCAAAAGGAAAAAGGGGCUUCUUUUGGAAGACUGUGGAGCCCAAAGUAAACAUCUGAAGGACGAAGGUGCAAUUUUAGCCGAAAAUGGAAGGUACCAGGAAGCUCUUCACAAAUGGGACGAAGCACUUCAGUUAACUCCUGAAGAUGCCACUCUGUAUGAGAUGAAAUCACAGGUUUUGAUGUCUCUGCAUGAAAUGUUUCCUGCAGUGCAGGCAGCAGAAAUGGCUGUCCAGAGAGAUCCCCAUUCUUGGGAAGCAUGGCAAACGCUGGGGCGGGCCCAACUUGGAUUAGGAGAAAUCACGUUGGCUAUUCGAAGUUUCCAGAUUGCCUUGCACAUCUAUCCACUCAACACUGAAUUGUGGAACGAAGAUCUUUCCUGGGCAAAAAAAUUACAACAACAGAAAAAAGCAACCAAAACGGAGACAGGAACACAGGGGGCUGAGGCAAAAACUUUGGAGGAGCCAAUCCCAGAUUACGAUUUUGAAAGCGAUGAGAUCUUGGCCGUGUGUGCUGCCAUUGCUGAAAAAGAAAAAAGCAAUUCGACCUCUAAAAGUGUAGUGAUUGUAUCAGCUUCGGGGACCGUUGAGACUGUAACUGAACAAGAGGAGUGUGCAACAGUCCCCGAUGGUGCUGUGUUUAUCAAAGCACGAUAAUCCACACAGUCCCUUCCUGUAACAGCCAUAAAUUUGAGGAGUGGCUGUUGCUAGUUGUUGUUUUACUUGCUUUCCCUUCUGUUGGAGCCCUAUCUGAGCAGUGGAGAUCCCCAUUCCAUCAAAUUAAACUUCCGGAGGCCCAGGGGCGAUGUGUACUGUAGGACCAGAAGAGGCAGAAUUUGGAAAACCGAACAUCAGUAAUGUCAUUGCUGUUAUCUGUUCCCAGAUUGAAUGCUACUUUGAACAACAAACACCUUUGCAAAUGUGGUGCCUUCCUAAUGCAACAGCCUACAAAUCCCACAAUCCACAGUUAGCAUGGUUCAUGGGGAUGGUAGCUGAGGUUCAUGGAAGAUGAUGUACAAUCCUCCCAAAAGGCAUCGCCAUUGUAGAAACCUGGCGAGAGGUGCGGUGGCCUAGAGGUGGAUCUCUCGCCUCACAAUCAGGAGGCUGUGAAUUCGAUCCUAGGUAGAGGCAGAUAUUUCUCUCUCUGGGCACACUGAGAAUAUAUCUGCUGAAUAAAACUCCACAUUGGCGACAGGAAGGGCAUCCGGCCAGUAAACACUCAGCUUCAUUCAGUUACCCAGACUCCACCCUGCAAGGGAUUAUGGGGUCGUUAAGAGAGGAUGAUGAUUGUAGAAACCUGGUGUUCAAUAUAGAAAGAAAACAGAACAGUGUGUGUGUCUGCCAAUAGUGGCUUUGAAAUAGGAACUGGAAGUGUUGGGUCUGUAUAUGUUUAUACUGCCAAAAAUUAGAAAACAGGAAUGGCUUUGUAAGCUUGCUAGCAAUUCACUAACAUCUGUUCUUGCUGUGAUAAAGCAAAGCAAGGGAUGAGGCAAAAUCUUCACAUGCUUGUACAGUUGUGGUACGGAAUGUGCUGAACAUGUUUCAGUCCGUAGUCUUUUUGAGUCAAGGUCAUUCUGUUAUCUUAAUAUAGUGGCUCUCAGAUGGUAGUUCUCAGAUGCUGCUUUGAAUGCAAGAUACUCUCCUUGUUUUUUUUUUUUCCAAAUCCAGUUUUAAAAUACUGGGUAUUCAUGCAUUCGGAACAAAAUACAUAAGAUGGCCUUUAUGCUUCCCACUAUCGACGGAUUUUUGAAAAGGGAUUAUUUUCACAGCGUUUAAGGUUCAGGUAUUCCUUGUUUGGUGAGGAUAAUUGGGAUCAGUAACUCCAUCACUAAACUACACAAUCCAUAGAGUGUGGUAUCAUGUGACCACGCUGAUUUACGAUGGCCGUUUCCGCUGUCCAGUUGCUGCUGUUGGGUGCAGUUGUAGCGUAAUGUGUCAUGUGAUCAGAAUUUGCGACCUUCUGCCAGCUUCCGCAUAGACUUCGUUGGUGGAAAUCACCGUUAAGUUCAUAAAUGGUGAUCAUGUGACCUAGGGAUGUUGUGACAUCAUAAUUGCAAACUGGUCACCAGGUGCCUGAAUUGCAAUUACAUGACUGGGGAGGGAGGGAGGGGGGCGCUGCAACAGCCACAACUACUAGAACCCCUUGUAAGUGCCCCCCCCCCCAAUUCAGCACUGUCAUAAUCGCAGUCACUGGACAAGUAGAUAUUAAAUGAAGUAUAUCUGUAUAUUGUUGAGAACAUCUGUGGGCAAUUGCGUUUCGAGGGCUUAAUCCCACUGCUUCAAAACAAUUUUUUUUUAAAAAAAGCCCAGACUGAUUAAUCUUUAAUCAAAGAAAUAAAGAUGAACUUCAGUGGAAGCAAUUUCUAACAGCAAUUUAAAAUAAUAUAAUUGAAAUUGUGUCUAUUUAAACACGUCUAUUGCAGGAUAACAUUGCAAUCAGAUUUUAGAAACUCUUUUUAAAGGAUUGUUUCAGUCCUAAAAUAAAACAUAACAUGCUGUAAAGAAACAGUCACAGACUUUUUAGCAUUUUGCCCUUGUGAUGGAUAUUCAACCUAAAAUCCUGUGGAUGGGCAGUAUGAAAAUGCUGUAGAUAAAUUAAUAUGUCUAAGCCAUCACUCGAGAUGAGAGAAAUGCAAAGGGGUUAAAAAAAAACCCACAAAAACAUUCUUUUUAGGGACAGUUUGUUCUCCUUUAGAGUUUUGUUUAAUCCAUGUUUGAUGCCUUUCUGGAAUAUUCAGUGGAGAGAAAAGUAUGUGUAUAAUUAUGCUUCUUAGGGUAAAUCUGGCAAUUCCUAUCUAGUUCUUAAAGAUAAAUUCUAUGCAUAGCAUUUCCUAGGUUUAAUCCAGAAGCUUUGUUGGUGGCCUCAAUAAACUUCUUAAAGCAUUAGGCCAGCAGGAACAAUUGGUACAUUGUACAGAAUUGAUUAUAAUCAUUUGAAGCACUGUUUGAAGAUAGUGAGUUUUUCUAUCUUACUUUUAUCCUCAUCCAGGUUUAGGUUGUAUAAAUGUAAUUUUCAUAAAAUUUCCACACAAAUCAAAAGUUGGACAUAAAUCGUUUAAGCCUUUGUCAUGGAAGAAAUUUAUAUAUAUAUUAUUUCAGAAUUUCCAUUUACUUUAAAUAAUGGUAUCUUAACUGUAUAUAGUACAGGUAGUCCUCGACUUACAACAGUUCAUUUAGUGACCAUUCAACGUUACAAUGCCAGUGAAAAAAGUGAUUUAUGACUGUUUUCACACUUUUGACUGUUGUAGUAUCCCCAUCGUCACAUGAUCAAAAUUCAAAGUCUUGGCAACUUACUAAUUUAAUAACUAGUGAUUCACUUAACAGCUGUGGCAAAAAAGGUGGUAAAAUGGGGCAAAAUUCACUUAACAAUUGUCUCACUUACCAACAGAAAUUUUGAGCUCAAUUUUGGUCGUAAGUCGAGAUGUACCUGUACUGCAUCCUAUAUAAAAAAACCUAGAAAAUGAAAUUGCUGCCACAGCAUUUACAGAAGACAGCAGUAGCUCUUGACUUGAUCCAAGAAAGGCAUUUUUGGAGCAGGUGGUAGAACAGAUAGGUGUGCAGGUGGGAGAGUCUGAUAAUUCACCAUGGCCAACUUGCCAUGGCUAACUCGUCAUGGCUAACUUGCCGCAGCCAACUCUCUGCAGGAUAAUUUGCUGCAGGACAAGAGUUACAGUAAUAUGAAAGAAAUAGAAUAAUUGAAAAGAUGCAAGACAGAAUUAAAGGUGAAUGGGAAAAAUUAAAAUAUAUAUUUAAAUUUAUUUUAAAUAAAUAGAAUUGUUAAAUUGUCCCACAGUGCGUUGGCUGUGGCGAGUUGGCCCAUUCCGGCAAGUGGGUGUGCAGUUCUAGGACUUUUCUUUAAAUGGGCUGUAUCUUUCUCCAGGAUUGUGUAUCUGCUGAUCAAUAUUCUGGAGAAGGAUGCUUCUUUUUAAUAGCAGACUGGGGCUACCUUUGCACACAGGCAUGGUCUGAAGCACUUUGUGGAAUUGGAUCCAGGUUGAAUGUAAACAGCAUGGAAUAAGCUCUUCUGAGCAUAUGAAGGCUUUUUUCUGUUGAUCUUGAGUUCUGUACUAUCCAGUAAUAAAAUUUGUUUAGUAGGAUGAAA